AUGGUAUCAUUAGACAGGGGAAGGCCUACUUUUGCCUUCCCAGAUUUUGGUAAAUCAUAUUCAUUAAUAUUUAAUGUUCUAAUACAUAAAAUUAUUAAUUCUUUCUUUAUUUUUAACAUGAAAUUUAUUUCAAUUUUACUUUUAACCUUAUACUUUGUUAAUCCAAUAUCUUCUAAUGAUUUGAAAAUUCAUGAACCAAUAAUAUUGGCACAUGAAGGAUUUGGUGAACCUCCUACUAUAAGACAUGAUGAUAUUGAUAUUUGGGAGAGUGGAGUUUUAAUUCACCAACAUAAUGAAACUAAUCCACUGGGAACUUCAAAUAUUAAUAUGCAACAACUUAUUCAAGAUAUUAGAAGAUUUAAAAGAAAUACAGGUCAUAUUGCAAGUGUACAUCAAAAAUUUAACAGAAAAGGAAGGCCAAAGACAGAUGAACCAGAGGUAGUUGAUAUUGCUGACAUUCGCAAGUCAUUCAAAAAUUCUACAAAAAGUGGGACUGGAAGAUGUGUCGUUAGCGCUGAUCUUUCCAGUCAUUACUGUGGAAAUGUAGAAGUAUCAACUCCACCUAUAAUUCCUGAAAAUGCUGGAAAAUGUAUUAUUUCACAAAAAAGUGGAAGAGAAAUAUGUUAUCCAUCAUAUACUGAACUUGAUACUACAUGUACUGAUUACAAUGAAUAUCCAAAUUCUGUUGUUCAACCAAUUAAUAUUCCUCAUGCAACUGUCCGUGUACUUGCAUAUUUUCCAUUAACAAAUCUUCAAAGACUUAUUAAACAAUACUAUCGUCAACAGGGAAAACAAAUGCCAAAAAAUUUAAAAUUAGGUAGUUCAUAUUCUGGAAAAGAAUCAUUUUUAUAUGCUAAAUAUGAAUGUAAUGAAGGAUAUGAAAUGAUUGAUGAAGUUGAUGUUAUGUUUUGUUAUAAUAGACAAUGGGUACGUACUCCACCAGUUUGUAGAGGUUUAAAUGCCUGUGCUGAUAAUAAUGGAGGAUGUUCACAUAAUUGUCGUUCAUUAGAUGAUAAUAAUGUUGAAUGUUCCUGUUCAAAAGGAAUGGUAUUAGAUCAAACUGGUAAAACAUGUAUUAUACCAGUUCCAGAGGUAUUUUGUAGAAAAUUAGCUAAUUGUCAUUGUAUACCAAUUGACUCAACUCAAUAUUCUUGUGACUGUCCAAAUCGUGAAAAUUGUUUAUUAAGAAAAGAAGCACCAAAAAUAUAUCUUGAACCAUCAGGUCCAUAUGAAGUUAAACCUGGAGGUUCUAUAAAUAUUACAUGUUAUGGUGUUGGAUUUGACUAUCCAAAAUUAAGUUGGCAUCAAGUUGGUGAAGAAAAUUCAAAUAUUAAACCAAUUAGUGGAACAAUAAAAACUCAACAAAUGUUAGAAAUUAAAAAUCUUUAUAAAACAACUGAUUUUAUAUGUUCUGCCGAAAAUAAUAUGGGAAUUGCUUCAAAACAAAUAACAAUUACUGUUAUGGGACCAGGUUUUGCUCCAAUAAUAAAAAAAAUUAGUCCAUCUAGAAAAUCAAUUACAAUUAAUUGGGACAAACCUAUAUUUACAUCAAAUCCAAUUACUACUUAUACUAUUUACUAUACUGAUAAAGGAAAAAAACCACUUAAAGAUUGGGAACAUAUUGAAGUUAAUGAACCUAAUCAUAGUGUAACAAUUCCAAAUUUAAAACCAAAUACUAAAUAUCAUAUAAAAAUGCGUGCUAAUGAUGUUCUUGGACCAGGAAAAUUGGGAAAUUCUGUUGCUAUAAAUACUUUAAAACCAGCUAAAAAACCAGAAAUAAAAAUUGUUGAAGGUGAAAGUAUUUCUGUUAAACCAUUAGAACCAUUUGUUAUCACAUGUAAUGUUACAAAAUCUGAUCCUACACCAGAAAUUGUUUGGAUUAAUAAAGGUAGACCAGUAAAUAAAAAACAAAAAUAUAUAACAAGUGUACUUCAUCAUGCUGGUUUAUAUGAAGAGACAAGUUUUACAUGUGAAGCAGAAAAUGAAGCAGGAAAAACACAAAAAACUGUACAUGUUUAUGUAACAGGACCAUUAAAACCAGAAAAAAUUAAAGGAAAAGUUCAAGGAAAUAAUAUUGAUGUUAAUUGGAAGCCACCACUUAUUACAAAUGGUCCAAUGCAAAAUUAUGAAAUAUUAUAUACAGAUAAUCCAUCAUUACCAGAAGAUCAAUGGGAAAAAAUUAGUGUUGGAUCACCGGAUAUUAAUAGUUUUACAAUACCAAAUUUGAAAGAAAUGACACCAUAUACUAUAAAAAUGCGUGGUAUAAAUGAUAAAGGUGAAGGUGUAAUAUCUGAUCCUAUUGAACUUACUACAUGGUUAGCUCCAAGACCACCAAAAGUAACAUUAACACCAUCAGAAGAUAUUGAAAGAAAACCAAGUAAUGAUGAUUUAGAACAUAUUUGUAAAACAAAUGGUGUACCAAAACCAAAAAUUGUAUGGUAUUGGAACAAUGAACCAAUUGAAGAUGGUAAAAAUGAUUUUAGAAUAUAUGAUAUUUCAUUACCUGAUGAUAAUGAAGAAUCACAAUCUAAACUUAUCUCUGAAGUAACAACUAAAUCAGGACAAGUUAAAUGUCAUGCUGUAAAUAAUGUUGGUGAAGAUGAAGCAAUUAAUAAUGUUAAAAUUCUUGGACCUGGUUCAGCUCCAUUAUCUAUAACACCAACACCAAAAGAAGAUGGUUUUGAUGUUACAUGGGAACCACCAGCAUUACCAAAUGGAAAAAUAACAAAUUACAUUUUAUAUUAUACUAAAAAUCCAGAUGAUGAUUUAGGUGAUUGGAAACAAAUGAUUAUUCCUGGAGAUAAAAAUAAUGUUAAUGUUGUUGAUCAAGAUGAAGAAACAAACUAUUAUGUAAAAAUGCAAGCUGUUAAUGAAGAUGGUCCUGGUCUUAUUUCUGAAGCAUUUGAAGUAACAACUGGUCAAAAACAUAUCCCAUUAUCUGUUUCAUUAAAACUUAUUGAUCCAGAAAGUUAUGAAGAUGAAGGUGUACCAAUUACUGUUGAUCCAAAUCAAACAAUUAAAUUUAAAUGUUAUGCUGAAGGUCGACCAACUCCAACUGUAACAUAUUCUUGGCUUUCUACAAAUAAUGAAACUGAUUCUGGAUCACAACCAGAACCUGUAAGAAUUGAACCUGUUGAAGGAAAUCCACAUACAUAUGUUUCUGUUGAAAUUUCAACAUAUACACAAACAAAACGUGUCUUAAUUUGUCAAGCUCGUAAUCCAGAUGGUUCUCAAGUAUCAAGACAAAUUGUUGAUGUCAAAAAACCUGGAUCACCACCACAAAAUAUUGAAGUUGAAUUAGCUAAUGAUAACUCUGCCGUCAUUUCAUGGAAAGAUCCAAGAUAUACAAAUGGUGAUUUGACUGCAUAUAAACUUUAUCUUACUCCUGAUCCAUCACUUCCUCUUGAUCAAUGGCAAGUUAUUGAAAUUUCUGAUCCUAUUGCUAAUGAAAAGAAUUUUGCUCGUGGAGAAUUGGAACCAAAUACAAAAUAUUAUGUCAAAAUUAGUGCUGUUAAUGAAAAUGGAGAAGGUGUUAUAUCUGAUACAGAACAAUUUGAAACAGGAAGUGGUGCUCCACUUGAUGCUCCAUAUGAUAUUUUAUCAAAUGUUAAAGAAGAUAAUACUUUAGAUCUUUCCUGGACAGGACCUAAAUUUCCAAAUGGACCUAUUGAAGGAUAUAAUAUUUAUUUUGUCCCAGAAAAUGUUGUUCCAGAUGAUUCUGAUUAUAAAGAAUGGACAAAAAUAAAUGUUCCUAGUCAUGAUGAUCAUGGAAGUAUUAUUAUUGAUAAAGGACAAUAUGUAUUUGCUCCAAAUACAACAUAUCUUCUUCGUAUUUCAGCUAUAAAUGAUCUUAAUGAAGGUCCUGCCUCAGAUCCAGUUAAAUUUGAAACUGGAACUGGUGAAACAGCUCCUGUAAUAACAUUAAAUCCACCUAAUAACAGAAUUGAAGUUCCACCAAUGGGAUCUGUUGUUGUUGAGUGUACUGCAACAGGAGUAUACAAACCAGUUGUUCAGUGGCUUGACAAAGAUGGUAAUAAAGUUUCAGAUAGAGUUUUACAAAUAUCAAAUAUUAUAAAAGAUGAAAGUUAUAUUUGUAUUGCUGAAAAUAAUGUUGGAAAAGUUCAGGAAAUUUUACAAAUUUCUGUAACAGGUCCUGGUACACCACCUAAUGAGAUCGUUGGAUUACCAAUUGGUGAUAAAGUUGCAAAUAUUGAAUGGGCAACUCCUGAUUUACCAAAUGGUGCUAUUACAGGAUAUGUUGUAGAGUAUUCUGAAAUUGGACCAGAUGGUGGACCAACAGAAUGGAAAACAAUUAAUGUUACUGGUCCAAUGGAACAAAUUAAAUUAGAUAAUUUGAAACCAAAAACUGAUUAUGCUGUUAAAGUACAAGCUAUUUCUAAUCGUGGUCCUGGUGUUAUCAGUGAACCAAUUAGAAUAAAAACAUUACCAACAGCACCAGAAAAACCAGAGACACCAGAAGUAAUUGUUCAUGGAAAUAAUACUGUUGAAAUAAAACUUCCAAAAGUAAAAGAUCCCGAAAAUCCUGAUCAAUUAAUAAAUGAUUAUGUUAUUAAAUAUACCAAAGAUUAUCCACCAACAGAUGAUGCUGAUUGGAAAGAAUUAACAUAUACUGCUCCAGAUGGACCAGAAAAUCUUGUAAUACCUAUUUAUGGUGAAAAUGUUGAUCCUGAAACAAAAUAUCAUGUUAAAGUAAUUCCUCGUGGAGAAAUAGAUGGUCCACCAAGUGAUAUUGUACCAUUUGAAACAGGUGAUGGUAUUGUACGACCUUCUAUACCAAGUUUAGAUGUUACAACAGAUGAAGAUGGAACAGUUAAAUUACCACCAGGAUCAGAUUAUAAAGUUCGUUGUACUUCAACAGGACAUCCUGAACCAAAAAUAUUAUGGGUUGAUGAAUUUGGAAAUACUCUUUCUGAGGGAGAAUUAUUCUCAAUUGAUGAUAUUAAAAGUUCAAAGAAAUUUAGAUGUAUUGCUAGAAAUCAAGGAGGUGAAGAAGAAACACCACUUAACAUUCAUGUAAUGGGUCCUGGUACUGCACCAGAAGAUAUUAAAUUAGCAUCAUUUAGACCUAGAACAAUUGAUGUUUCAUUUAUGCCACCUGAAAUAACCAAUGGUAAUAUAACAGUAUAUAUUGUAUAUUACACACCAUUAGAUGAUCAAGAUCCAAAUAAAGAAAUUGGUCAAGUUCCAUCAAAACCUAUUAGAGAUUGGCAAACAUAUCAUGUUACAGGAGAUAAUUUAAAUGAAGGUGAACAAAAUGCUAAACUUACAGGAGUAGAUCCAGAUACAUCAUAUGCUGUUGUUGUACAAGCUGGUAACAAUGAUGGACCUGGACCAUUUUCAUCAACACAAACAAUAAGAACAAUAAGUAGAGCAAGAGAAUCUGCACCUAUUGACUUGAAAGUUAUGCCAUUUUCACCAUACUCAGCUGAUGUUGAAUGGAAGAAUCCAGAAUCAAUGGAAGAAGAACCUAUUGGAUAUGAAUUAUUCUUUGUUCCAGCUGAUAAAAAAGUUGAAAGUGAAGAUGAUAGAUUAUUAGAUGAUUGGGAAAAAAUGACAAUUGAUGGAGUUGGUACAACAACAAAAAUUGAAGAUCUUCUUAAACCUGAUACAGAAUAUGUAUUCAAAAUUAGAGCCAUCUUUCCAGAUGGACCAGGAGUAUUUUCAAAAGCAUGUAUAUCUAGAACAUUACCUCUUGGAAAUCCUCCUUAUAUUACUACAUCUCAUGGUGGAUACGGUACUGAUGGUAAAACUACAGUAUUCCUUCUUCCAGGUUCAUCAUAUACUGUAUUUUGUAAUGCUACUGGUGAUCCUCAACCUGAAGUUAAGUGGAUUCGUGGUGGAGAACAUGCCAUUGAUCCAAGUACAGUUAAAGCUAAUAAAGAGCAUGCUGAAUGGUCAUUACGUGUUUAUAAUGUUACUACAAAUGCUGAAUUUGUUUGUAUUGCUCAAAAUUCUCUUGGUUCUGCCCAAUGGAAUAUUGAUAUUGAAGUUCUUCCUCAACAAGAUCCAGAUUGGCAAAAAAAAUUUGUCAAACCUAUAUUAGAAGAUGGUAAAGUAAAAUUAGAAUUUACUGAUGAGUUACCUGAAUAUUUAAAAAAUGCUAAUGAAUGGAUAGUAUUAUAUACAGAAGAUAAUACACGUCCUAUUGAAGAAUGGGAUUCAAUAUCUGGUAAAGGACCAUUAGAAUCUAUUACAAUUCCAGAAAUGGAUGAAGGAAAAGUUUAUUUUGUUAUUGUAGAUAACCCAGAAAGAGGAAUUCAAACACCUACAUUUACAAUAUUAACUCCAAAACCACCAACAGAUAUUAGAGUUGGAACAAAUAUUAAUGAUGAAACUGUUGUUUCUUUCAAACCAGCUAUAACAGGUGAUAUACCGGUAAAGGAAUAUGAAAUUAAAGCAGUUAAUAAAGAUGAUCCAUCAGAAAUUUACUUCCAAACAAUUCCUUCUGGUAGUGAUACAAAUGUUGUAAUAGAUUCUAUUUUACCCGGAACAGAAUAUACCUUUACUAUACGAGGUAAAUUAGAAAAUGGUGAAGUUUUAGAAAGUGCUCCUGUUGAUGCGAGAACAAGUCCAGCUGGUAUUGAUUGUAAUUGUAAAGAUAAUCAAGCUUGUCAAUUAAUUAGUGAUAGUAGUGGCACUGUAAGAACAGUAUGCUAUUGUAUAGAAGGUUUUGUAAUGUCAAAAGAUGGCAUAAAUUGUGAAACAACUGAAGAAUAUUCUUCAGUACAUCAAGAUAUUAAUGUUACUCAAGAACCACCAACAACAGAAAGUCCAAUUGAAGUUGAAAAUAUUGAAGGAAAAGAGGAGGAUAUGUCUAUAUAUCCAGAUCAUGAAAAAGAAGAAGAAAAAACUAAGACUGAUCAUAAUAUUGUAACAGUUCAUGAAACAGAUGAUGAAAAACCAAGUUUAGGUGAAAAAUCUAAAGAAGAACCACAAAUUCCUAUUCAAAGAAUUGAGGAAUAUGAAGAUGAAGAAGGAACUUCUAUUCGUCCAACAGAUAUCUAUGGUAAAGAAGUAUUUGAAAUAAUUGGACCAGAUGGAAAACCAUUACCAACAUCAUCUACAGGAAGGUAUGUUAAUAAGCUUGGAGAAGAAAUUGACUUAGAUUCAGAAAAUAGACCAUUAGAUCCUGAAGGAAAUCUUUUACCAACAAAAGCUACCAAUCAAUUUAUUUAUCCAGCUACAGAUAGUCAAAAUAAUAUUCUUCCAACUGAUACAAGUGGAAUUCCUGUUUAUCCUAUAGUUGAUGAAGAUGGACAAUUAUAUCCUACUUCAAGUACAACUGGAGCAAGAGUUGAUAAAUCAGGAAAACCAAUACCAACAAAUAUGUAUGGUGAACCUCAAAGUGAAACAGGACAACAAUUACCUAAAAAUGAAGAUGGAGUACAUGUUUAUGAAGUUUAUAAAUCAGAAGAAGAACCAUAUAGUACUGAUUCUUAUGGAAAAAUUGUUUAUCCAAUAACAGCUCCAGAUGGUACACCAUUACAGAAAAAUGAAGAAGGAAGAUAUAUUGAUAAGGAUGGUAAUGAAAUACCACUUAAUGAGGAAGGAAAACCUAUUGAUGAAGAAAAUCAAGUAUUACCCACUACUGAUAAAGGUGUUUUUAUUUACCCUGUAACAGAUGAAGAUAAAAUUUUACCACAGGAACCAAAAUCAGUUGAUAGUAUUGUAGGGGAGACAUUUACUACUAGUAUACCAGUAGAAGAAGAAAUAAAAGUAACAGACAAAUCAGAAGAUGAUGAAACAACCAAAGAAAAAGAAAAAAUGGAUGAGAUAAAAGAAAGACCAGAUAUAAGUCAAACUGUUGAACCAACUACUAAGAUUGAUUAUGAGGAUGAUUCAAAAACAAAAGAACGUUUUGAUGAAACUUCAAAGAUACCAGGAAAAGAAACUACAAUUAUUCCAACAGAUAUAUUCGGUAAGGAAGUUUUUGAAGUAAUUGGACCAGAUGGACAACCAUUACCAACAUCAUCAACUGGAAGGCAUAUCAAUAAACUUGGAGAAGAAAUAGAUUUAGAUUCAGAAAAUAGACCAUUAGAUCCUGAAGGAAAUGUACUUCCAACAGAUGAUUCAGGAAAAUAUAUUUAUCCUGCCACUGAUAGUCAAAAUAAUAUAUUGCCAACUGAUAUUACAGGUAAAGCUGUUUAUCCAAUUGUUAAUCCAGAAGGGCAGUUAUAUCCAACCUCUUCAACUACAGGUGCCAGAAUUGAUGAUUCAGGAAAACCAAUACCAACAAAUAUUUAUGGUGAACCACAAACAGAAACAGGACAAACAUUACCUAUUAAUGAAGAAGGUGUACAUGUUUAUGAAGUUGUUAAGCCAGAAGAACAGUUAUAUAGUACUGAUUCUUAUGGAAAAGUUGUAUAUCCAAUAACAUCUCCAGAUGGUACCCCAUUACAGAAAAAUGAAGAUGGAAGAUAUAUUGAUAAGGAUGGUAAUGAAAUACCACUUAAUGAAGAAGGUAAACCUGUUGACGAAGAAAAUCAAGUAUUACCUACUACUGAUAAAGGUAUUUACAUUUAUCCACCUUUAUCAGAAGAUAAAACUUUACCUCAAGAACCAACAGAAGAUGAUAGUGAUCUUUCACGAGAAAUAUCACCACCUUCAGAUAAAGAUGAAACUAAAUUUGAAGGUAAAGAUCAAGUAUGUGCUAAUUUGUUAAAAGACAGUAGUUUAUUCUUUAUAUUUGAAACAAGUCGUGCAUCAGAACCUAUAUUUGAAAAAUUCAGAACAAUUCUUGUUGACUUUUUUGUUAAUAAACUUGAUAUUAAACAAGAAAAAAUUGGAUUAGCUAAUUAUGGUAAUGCUGUUGAAGUUUUAUAUGACAUUGGAAAUUAUGAGAACACUGAAGAAAUUAAAGAAACAUUAAUGGAAUUACAUUUUACAGGAGGAACUGCUGAUCCAUUAUUAGCACUUAAAAGUGUUUUAGAUAUUUUACAUGAAUCUAAUGAACAAACUGAAAAAGUUAUGAUUCUUUUUACUAUGACAGAUAUAACAGGUUCAGUAAAAGAAAAGUUUGAUUCACUUGCACACUUAGAAGAGUUACGUGUUGUCAUUAUAAAUAUGAAUGAUUUUGUAAAAGAUUCAAAUCAAAAUGUUAAACUACUUCAUAAAGUUUGUUCAGCAUUAAAGGAUACAGUUAAACAAGUAACAUUGUUUACACCUUUAUACAAAGAUUACACAACAACUACUGUUUCUUCAUACACAACAUCUGUAGUUGUUCAACAACCAGAAGAAAUUGGAGUAGUUGGAGUAACUGAAGAAAAAGUUAAAAGUUGUUCACUUAAUCAUGCUAAGAUGGAUAUUGUUUUUGCAAUUGCUGAUAAUGUUAUGCACGUUACUGAUUAUGGAAAUGUUAUUAAUUCAAUAAGUAAUUUGAUCAAAAAAGAUUUAGAUAUGGCACCAGAUGUUACAAGAGUAUCUGUAAUUAAUUAUGGAAAAAGUGCAUCAAUUCCUGUAUCAUUAGGAGGAUAUCAAGAAAAGGGAGAAAUUGUUCAUAUUCUUAAAAAUACAAAACAAUCUCCAAAUUUGGAGAGACCUGAUGUAAAUAUAUUAAUAAAUGCUGCUCAUCAACAAUUUGCAACAUUUAGUAAUCAAGAAACAGCAAAAGUUAUUAUUCUAUUUACAAAUGGUGAAGAUAUUUAUAGAUAUUCAUAUAAUAUGGAUCGUUUACCAUAUCCAGUAUUAGUUAUUACUUUAGAUGAAUUUAUGCAAGAAGUAAAAGAUAAAAAAACUAGAGCACACUUUAUUGAAGAAUGGAAUCAAUUGUCAUCUGAUGUAAUAAAACAUUUCAUUGAAAAUGAAUGUAAAACAAAAUUCAUUGAUUAUCCAUAUGCUGUUUCAAAGAUUAAAACAUUACCUACAGUUUUACCAAAAGAAGAAACUACAGUAUCAGGAAUAGAAGGACAAAAAUUACCUUACGAUGAAAAUGAAACAGGAGAUAUAUUACCUACAGAUAUUUAUGGAAAAAUAAUUCAUAAAAUUGUUGAUAUUGAUGGUAAACCGUUACCAACUUCAUCAACUGGAAGAUAUGUUAAUAAGCUUGGAGAUGAAAUUGAUUUAGAUUCACAAGAUCAUCCUCUUGAUCCAUCUGGUAGAGUUCUUCCUCAGAAUCCAUCUGGUGAAUAUGUAUAUCCAGCAACAGAUGAACAAGGAAACAUUUUACCAGUAGAUAUAUAUGGCAGACCUGUAUAUCCAAUUACGGAUGAAAACGGUCAACUAUAUCCAACAUCACCAUCAACAAAAGCUAGAGUUGAUCAUGAAGGAAAACCAAUUCCAACAUCAUAUAAAACAGGAAGACCAAUAAGUCCUUCAGGACAACAACUUCCUACAGAUGAAACAGGAACUUACAUUUAUCAAAAACCAGAAAGUGAGGAAGUAUAUACAACAAAUGUAUAUGGAAAAACUGUUUAUCCAAUAACUUAUCCUGACGGAACACCGUUAGAAAAGAAUGAAGAUGGUGAUUAUAUAACAAAAGACGGAGACAUAAUUAAGACCGAUGAAGAUGGAACACCAAUUGGUCCAGAUAAUCAACCAUUGAAGAAAGAUGAUAAAGGAAAUUAUAUUUUCACUUCAGAUAUUGAUCAACAAGCUACUGAAUUACCAGAAAUAUCUUCAAAACCAUUACCUACAGAUAUUUAUGGUGAAAGAGUAUAUGAAGUUAUUGGACCAGAUGGAGAACCAUUACCAACAUCUUCAACAGGAAAGCACAUUGAUAAGUUAGGAGAAGAAAUUCAACUUGAUUCUAGUAGACGUCCACUUGGACCUGAUGGGCAAGUGUUACCAACAGAUGAUGAAGGUAAAUAUGUAUAUCCAGCAACAGAUAGUCAAAAUAAUAUUCUUCCAACUGAUACAAGUGGAGUUCCAGUUUAUCCUAUUGUUGAUUCUGAAGGGCAAUUGUAUCCAACAUCAAGAACAACUGGUGAAAGAGUUGAUGAAUCUGGAAAACCUAUUCCAACAUCUGCUAAAACAGGAAUACCAGUAAGUGAAACUGGUGAACCACUUCCAACAGACAGAUCUGGAAUGUUUAUACAUGAAACUACAGAUGGUGAUAAAAUGUUACCAACCAAUGUUUAUGGUAAAAAAGUUUAUCCUAUUGUAAAUGAAGAGGGAAUGUUACUUGAAAAAGAUGAUGAUGGUAACUUUAUUGAUAAAGAAGGUAAUGUCAUUAAGACUAAUGAUGAAGGAAUUCCAAUUGGUCCUGAUAAUCAACUUUUAGAAAAAGAUGACAAAGGAAAUUAUGUAUUCAAACCAGAAGUAACACCAGAUUUUAUUGGACAAACUUUACCUACUGACGUUUAUGGUGAAAGUGUUCAUGAAGUUAUUGGACCAGAUGGAGAACCAUUGCCAACAUCAACUACUGGAAGAUAUAUUGAUAAACUUGGAAAAGAAAUUCCAACUGAUUCAAGUAAGCGUCCACUUGGACCUGAUGGGCAAGUGUUACCAACAGAUGAUGAAGGUAAAUAUGUAUAUCCAGCAACAGAUAGUCAAAAUAAUAUUCUUCCAACUGAUACAAGUGGAGUUCCAGUUUAUCCUAUUGUUGAUUCUGAAGGGCAAUUGUAUCCAACAUCAAGAACAACUGGUGAAAGAGUUGAUGAAUCUGGAAAACCAAUUCCAACAUCUGCUAAAACAGGAAUACCUGUAAGUGAAACUGGUGAACCACUUCCAACAGACAGAUCUGGAAUGUUUAUACAUGAAACUACAGAUGCCGAUAAAAUGUUACCAACUAAUGUUUAUGGUAAAAAAGUUUAUCCUAUUGUUAAUGAAGAAGGAAUGUUACUUGAAAAAGAUGAUGAUGGUAACUUUAUUGAUAAAGAAGGUAAUGUCAUUAAGACUAAUGAUGAAGGAAUUCCAAUUGGUCCCAAUAAUCAACUUUUAGAAAAAGAUGAUAAAGGAAAUUACAUUUUUGAUAAAACAAAAUAUUUUAGUACUGUUCCACCUACCUCAUUAGAAGGUCAUUCUCUUCCAACAGACAAAGACGAAAUAUAUGAUGAAGAUCAAACAAUACUUCCAACAGAUAUUUAUGGAAAAACAGUUUAUGAAAUUAUUGACUUAGAUGGUAAACCAUUGCCAACUUCAACAACUGGAAGAUAUAUAAACAAACUUGGUGAUGAAAUUGAAUUAGAUUCACAAGAUCGACCAUUAGAUCCUGAUGGAAAUGUUCUUCCAACAAGAGGUACUGAUCAAUUUGUUUAUCCAGCAACUGAUAAAGAUAAUAACAUUCUUCCUACUGAUACAAGUGGAGUUCCUGUUUAUCCUAUUGUUAAUGCUGAUGGUCAAUUAUAUCCAACUUCAGAAACAACAGGUGCCAGAAUUGAUGAGACAGGAAAACCAAUUCCAACUGUAGAAAUUACAGGAAUUCCUGUCAGUGAAUCUGGUCAAGCAUUACCUACCGAAGAAUCUGGUGUUUUUGUUUAUGAAACUCCAACAAGUGGAGAAGCUUUUACAACAAAUGCAUAUGGAAAAAUUGUUUACCCAAUUGUAAACGAAGACGGAGUAUUAUUAAAUAAGAAUGAAGAUGGCGAUUUUGUAGAUGAAAAUGGUGAUACAAUUGAAACGACUGAAGAUGGUAUUCCUCUUGGUCCAGAUAAAAAACCUUUAAUGAAGAAUGAAAAAGGAAACUACGUAUAUACACCAGAAAUUAAACCAGACAUUUCCGGUGGAAGUGUUCAUGAAAUUAUUGGACCAGAUGGAGAACCAUUACCAACAUCUUCAACAGGAAAGUACAUUGAUAAGUUAGGAGAAGAAAUUCAACUUGAUUCUAGUAGACGUCCACUUGGACCUGAUGGGCAAGUGUUACCAACAGAUGAUGAAGGUAAAUAUGUAUAUCCAGCAACAGAUAGUCAAAAUAAUAUUCUUCCAACUGAUACAAGUGGAGUUCCAGUUUAUCCUAUUGUUGAUUCUGAAGGUCAAUUGUAUCCAACUUCAAGAACAACUGGAGAAAGAGUUGAUGAAUCUGGAAAACCUAUUCCAACAUCUGCUAAAACAGGAAUACCAGUAAGUGAAACUGGUGAACCACUUCCAACAGACAGAUCUGGAAUGUUUAUACAUGAAACUACAGAUGGUGAUAAAAUGUUACCAACCAAUGUUUAUGGUAAAAAAGUUUAUCCUAUUGUAAAUAAAGAGGGAAUGUUACUUGAAAAAGAUGAUGAUGGUAACUUUAUUGAUAAAGAAGGUAAUGUUAUCAAGACUAAUGAUGAAGGAAUUCCAAUUGGUCCUGAUAAUCAACUUUUAGAAAAAGAUGACAAAGGAAAUUAUGUAUUCAAACCAGAAGUAACACCAGAUUUUAUUGGACAAACUUUACCUACUGACGUUUAUGGUGAAAGUGUUCAUGAAGUUAUUGGACCAGAUGGAGAACCAUUGCCAACAUCAACUACUGGAAGAUAUAUUGAUAAACUUGGAAAAGAAAUUCCAACUGAUUCAAGUAAGCGUCCACUUGGACCUGAUGGACAAGUAUUACCAACAAAUGAUGAAGGUAAAUAUGUUUAUCCAGCAACAGAUAGUCAAAAUAAUAUUCUUCCAACUGAUACAAGUGGAGUUCCAGUUUAUCCUAUUGUUGAUUCUGAAGGGCAAUUGUAUCCAACAUCAAGAACAACUGGUGAAAGAGUUGAUGAAUCUGGAAAACCAAUUCCAACAUCUGCUAAAACAGGAAUACCUGUAAGUGAAACUGGUGAACCACUUCCAACAGACAGAUCUGGAAUGUUUAUACAUGAAACUACAGAUGCCGAUAAGAUGUUACCAACUAAUGUUUAUGGUAAAAAAGUUUAUCCUAUUGUUAAUGAAGAAGGAAUGUUACUUGAAAAAGAUGAUGAUGGAAACUUUAUUGAUAAAGAAGGUAAUGUUAUCAAGACUAAUGAUGAAGGAAUUCCAAUUGGUCCUGAUAAUCAACUUUUAGAAAAAGAUGAUAAAGGAAAUUAUAUUUUUGAUAAGACAAAAUAUUUUAGUACUGUUCCAUCUACUUCAUUAGAAGGUCAUUCUCUUCCAACAGACAAAGACGAAAUAUAUGAUGAAGAUCAAACAAUACUUCCAACAGAUAUUUAUGGAAGAACAGUUUAUGAAAUUAUUGACUUAGAUGGUAAACCAUUGCCAACUUCAACAACUGGAAGAUAUAUAAACAAACUUGGUGAUGAAAUUGAAUUAGAUUCACAAGAUCGACCAUUAGAUCCUGAUGGAAAUGUUCUUCCAACAAGAGCUACGAAUCAAUUUGUUUAUCCAGCAACAGACAGUGAAAAUAAUAUUUUACCAACAGAUACAAGUGGAGUUCCUGUUUAUCCUAUUGUUAAUGCUGAUGGUCAAUUAUAUCCAACUUCAGAAACAACAGGUGCUAGAAUUGAUGAAACAGGAAAGCCAAUUCCAACUGUAGAAAUUACAGGAAUUCCUGUUAGUGAAUCUGGUCAAACAUUACCAACUGAAGAAACCGGAGUAUUUGUAUACGAAACUUCAACAAGUGGAGAAGCUUUUACAACAAAUGCAUAUGGAAAAAUUGUUUACCCAAUAGUUAAUGAAGACGGAGUUUUAUUACCUAGAAACGAAGAUGGAGAUUUUGUUGAUGAAACUGGUAAUUUAAUAAAAACAGCGGAAGACGGUACACCUAUCGGGCCAGAUAAUCAACCAUUAGAAAAAGAUAGUCAAGGAAAUUAUAUCUUUAGACCUGAAACUUUAUUAGAUUCAAGUGGAAAAGUAUUACCAACUGAUGUAUAUGGUGAAAAAGUCUAUGAAGUCAUUGGACCAGAUGGACAACCAUUGCCAACUUCGUCAACUGGAAGACAUAUUAAUGUACUAGGGGAAGAAAUUCCAACUGAUUCUAGUAAUCGUCCUUUAGGACCAGAUGGACAACUUUUGCCUACAGAUUCUACAGGUAAAUACGUUUAUCCAGCUACUGAUAGUCAAAACAAUGUUCUUCCUACUGAUACAAGUGGAAUUCCUGUUUACCCUAUAGUUGAUGAAGAUGGACAACUUUAUCCUACUUCAAGUACAACUGGAGCUAGAGUUGAUAAGUCAGGACAACCAAUUCCAACUUCUGAAAAUACUGGAAUCCCUGUUGAUAAAUCAGGUAAACCAUUACCAACAGAAGAAGUAGGAACAUAUGUUUAUGAAACUACUUCGAAAAAGGGAAUAAUACCAACUAACGUUUAUGGUAAAAAAGUAUAUCCAAUUAUUGACGAAGAAGGUAUGUUGUUAGAGAAAGAUAAAGAUGGUAACUUUAUUGACAAAGAAGGAAAUGUUAUUAAAACAAAUGAUGAAGGCAUUCCAAUUGGACCUGAUAAUCAACUUUUAGAAAAGGAUGAUAAAGGAAAUUAUAUUUUGAAAGAAGAUAUUGUUUUCAAAACUUUACCAACUGAUGUUUAUGGUGAAAAAGUUUAUGAAGUUAUUGGACCAGAUGGUCAACCAUUGCCAACAUCAACUACUGGAAGAUAUAUUGAUAAACUUGGAGAAGAAAUUCAACUUGAUUCUAGAAGACGUCCACUUGGACCUGAUGGACAAGUAUUACCAACAAAUGAUGAAGGUAAAUAUGUUUAUCCAGCAACAGAUAGUCAAAAUAAUAUUCUUCCAACUGAUACUAGUGGAGUUCCAGUCUAUCCUAUUGUUGAUUCUGAAGGUCAAUUGUAUCCAACAUCAAGAACAACUGGUGAAAGAGUUGAUGAAUCUGGAAAACCAAUUCCAACAUCUGCUAAAACAGGAAUACCAGUAAGUGAAACUGGUGAACCACUUCCAACAGACAGAUCUGGAAUGUUUAUACAUGAAACUACAGAUGCCGAUAAGAUGUUACCAACUAAUGUUUAUGGAAAGAAAGUUUAUCCUAUUGUUAAUGAAGAAGGAAUGUUACUUGAAAAAGAUGAUGACGGUAACUUUAUUGACAAAGAAGGUAAUGUUAUCAAGACUAAUGAUGAAGGAAUUCCAAUUGGUCCUGAUAAUCAACUUUUAGAAAAGGAUGACAAAGGAAAUUAUGUAUAUAAAUCUGAAAUCUUAACUCACAGAACUGAAUCGCCAUAUUUAGUUGGACAAACAUUACCAACUGAUGUUUAUGGUGAUACAAUUUAUGAAAUUAUUGGACCAGAUGGACAACCAUUACCCACUUCCUCAACAGGUAGACAUAUUAAUAAACUUGGAAAUGAAAUUCCACUUGAUUCUAAAGAUCGUCCUUUAGGACCAGAUGGACAACUUUUGCCUACAGAUUCUACAGGUAAAUACAUUUAUCCAGCUACAGAUAGUCAAAACAAUGUUCUUCCAACUGAUACAAGUGGAAUUCCUGUUUACCCUAUAGUUGAUGAAGAUGGACAACUUUAUCCUACUUCAAGUACAACUGGAGCAAGAGUUGAUAAAUCAGGACAACCAAUUCCAACUUCUGAAAAUACUGGAAUCCCUGUUGAUAAAUCAGGUAAACCAUUACCAACAGAAGAAAUAGGAACAUAUAUUUACGAAAAAGAAGAUCAAACAAUACUUCCAACAGAUAUUUAUGGAAAAACAGUUUUUGAAAUUAUUGACUUAGAUGGUAAACCAUUACCAACUUCAACAACUGGAAGAUAUAUAAAUAAACUUGGUGAUGAAAUUGAAUUAGAUUCACAAGAUCGACCAUUAGAUCCUGAUGGAAAUGUUCUUCCAACAAGAGGUACUGAUCAAUUUGUUUAUCCAGCAACUGAUAAAGAUAAUAACAUUCUUCCUACUGAUACAAGUGGAGUUCCUGUUUAUCCUAUUGUUAAUGCUGAUGGCCAAUUAUAUCCAACUUCUAGAACAACAGGUGCCAGAAUCGAUGAAACAGGAAAACCAAUUCCAACCGUUGAAAUAACAGGGAUUCCUGUUAGUGAAACCGGUCAAACAUUACCUACCGAAGAAUCUGGUGUUUUUGUUUAUGAAACUUCAACAAGUGGAGAAGCUUUUACAACAAAUGCAUAUGGAAAAAUUGUUUAUCCAAUUGUAAAUGAAGAAGGAAGAUUUCUACCAAAGAAUGAUGAUGGAGAAUAUGUUGAUGAAAAAGGUGAUGCAAUAAGAACAACAGAUGAUGGUAUACCACUUGGACCUGAUGGUAAUACUUUGAAAAAAGAUGACAAAGGAAAUUAUAUUUAUGUUCCAACUUCUUCAUUAGUAAAUACAACACAACAACCUAUUUUUAUAAUUUCUCCAAUGGGUGAACAACUUCAAAAAGAUGAAAAUGGUAAUUAUAUAAAUAGUAAUGGUGAAAUUAUUAAAUUUAAUGAAGAUAUGAAACCAUUAGAUCCAAAUGAUGAAGUAUUACCUACAUCAGAAUCUGGAUCUUACAUAUAUCCUUAUGUAGAUGAAAGUGGACAAAUUUUACCAACCGAUUUAUCAAAAAAACCAAUUUACAAAAUUAUUGAUCCAGAAGGAAAACCAUUAUCUCAAGAUUCUGAUGGAAGAUACAUUGAUGAUGAUAAUAAACCAAUUCCAACAUCGUCAACUGGUAUACCAUUAAGAAAAACUGGAGAACCAUUACCAAAAGAUAAGUUUGGUAAUUUCAUAUAUGAUGCAUCAUUUGGAGGUGAUAUUCUUCCUACUGAUAAAUCAUUACAAAUUGUUGAUCAUCUUGGUGAACCAUUAAGAAGAGAUGAAACAGGAACAGUUUUUAUUGAUUCUAAAGGUACACCUAUAAAUACAGAUGAUCAAGGAAGACCACUUUCUCCAGAUGGUUCUGUUCUUCCAACAAAUUCAUUGGGACAAUAUUACAUUGAAGAAGUUAAAGAUUAUGAUUCAAUCUUAAAACCAACAACAACUUCAUCAUUAUCAAAGGAUUAUAAUAUACUAAGUUAUGACAAUACUCCAUUGAAAAAAGAUCCUAAAACAGAUCAAUUCUUUAAUCCAAUAGGACAACUUAUUCCUAUAAAUGAUAACUUUGAACCACUUGAUCCAAAUGGAAAUAUAUUAAAGAAGAAUGAUGAUGGAAUGUAUAUCUAUCCAGCUAUUGGUCCAAAUGGAGAAAUAUUAGAAUUGUCUGAUAAUGGUAUACCAAUAUAUCCAGUUACUGAUAUUCAUGGUGAUAUUAUGCCAACUACAUCUGGUAAAUUAUUUACUGAUCAUGGUGGAAAUAUUAUACCAACUUCAGAAACUGGUAUUCCUCUUGGUAUAAAUGGUUUACCUUUACCUGUUGGUGAUAAGGGAUAUCAUAUAAUGAUUGGACCUGUUAACAGAACAUCAUCACAUUGUUAUGUUGAUAGUUAUAUAAAUCUUUUAAUUAUUUAUGAUGCAUCAAAUGACAUUAAAGUUUUGGAUUAUAGACUUCUUAAAGAAUUAGCUAAAAAUUUCUUGGUUGAACAUUUUAAUCUUGACAUUAAUCGAGUACGUGUUGGACUUCUUAAAUAUGGAGAAAAUGCUGAAGUUACAAUAUCAUUUGGUGAUUAUGAUAAUGAGGCACAAUUAUUACUUAAAUUAGGUGAAGCAAGACGUCUCAAAGGUGAAAAUAAUUUAUAUAAUGCUCUUAAUCAAGCAAUAGGUGAAUUUAUAAUAGAACAAAAUGAAAAAGUUCCUCAUGUUGCUAUUAUUUUCAAAAAUGGUAAAUCAUCAAGUGAUAUAACUGUACCAGCUAAACAACUUCGUGAAAAUACUAAAACAAACAUUUAUGUUGUAUCAAAUAAUGGAGAUAAAAAUGAAGAUUUAGCACUUGUUGGAGAAGGUAAUGAAAAGCGUAUUAUUAGUGUUAAUGGUUGGAAGAAUACUAAAUCAACAGAUCUUGGUGUUAUUGCUGAUGACAUUUGUAAAUAUGCUCCUAAAAUUUCAAAACAAAAAGAAGAAGAAGACAUUCCAUGGCCUACUAGAAAACCAAGUUAUACAGUUUCACCAAUAUUUUCUAAACAAAAAAUUUGUGAUAAAAUUGAUUUUGGAUUAGAUUUUAUUAUUGUUCUUGAUGCAUCAGAUAAUGUUGAUGUAAAUGCAUAUGAAAAAAUUAAAGAUGGUUUAGGAACAUUUAUUGAUGAAUAUUUAGAUAUGUCUCCAGAUGUUGUUCGUGUUGGAUUUAUUCAAUAUUCUGAUAAGGUUAAUAUUCCUAUUUCAUUAGGUCAUUAUCAAGAUAAGGAAGAAAUUCUUCUUGUACUUAAAGAUUUAGAAAAAGAAACUGGUAUACCAAUUGCUCUUAAAGGUUUUGAUGCAGCAAGAGUACAAUUAUCUGAGCAUAGACGUAAAGAAGUUCCUAAUGUUAUAUUACUUGUAACAACAGGAAAAAAUAGAGGAAAUGCAAUUGGUGCUGCUUAUGAUUUAAGAGAAACUUAUGGUUCACAAAUCUUUGCACUUGCAAUUAAUCCAGAUUCUGAUCAAUUAAAUAGUUUAAAAAGAAUUGUUGGUAAAGAAUAUGCUCAUGAAAGAUUAUUAACAAUUGAUAAUGUUGAUGAACUUCAUGGACAAGGUUUAAAUAAAAUUAGUAAAGCAUUAUGUGGAAAUAUAAUGCUUAAAGAUGAAAUUGAUUCAACUUUAAAAUCACAUACAACUAAAAGAUCAACUGAUAAUAUGAUAGAUGAAAAUAAUAUUGUUACAAAAGUACCAAGUAUUAGAACUACAAGAUCAUUAAAACCUGUACCAUUAUGUAAAGAUGGUAUAAUUAGACCAUUCUUCUUUUCUUUAGUUAUUGAUACUACAUCACGUAGUGAAAUAAAAGAUUUCAAAAAUACAAUGAAAUCAUUAAUUAACUUUUUCAAUACUAAAUUUGAAGCAACACCUUUGAUGGCUGUAACAAAUUUAAUAACAGUUAAUAGUAAUGGUGUUACAAAUAAAAAAUUAGAAUUAGAUCUUGAGUCAUUGGUUCAUGAAUUAUCAAAAAUAACUCAAUCUUCUAAUGAUUUUUCAUCACCAAAACUUGGUCUUGCUAUUGAUGAAGCAACAAUAGAAGCUGCCAAAAAUGCAAUAUCUGGUACGACCAAAGUAAUGCUUGUCAUUUCAUCAGAUGGUACAUCAAGUGAUGAUCCAUUACCAUCAGCAGAAUAUGCCACUGAUGAUUUCCUUCAUAAUAUUGUUUCAAUUUCACUUAGAAAUCCUUCAUCUGAUUUAUUAACAAAAAUAUCAGGUAACUCUCCAACAAGAGUAAUUCAUCUUUCUGAAUGGGAAAAUAUUGAAGAAUUAUUUACAUCAUGGACAUCAUUUGCUAUUUGUGAAGCUAUUAAUGUUAAAACUAAAGAUAAGAAAAAAAUUAUUCCAAAAGAAGAUAAAGUAUCUAAAAUUAAAGAAGAUAAACCAUCACGUAUUAGUGUUGUUGGAGUAACUCCAAAUUCUUUAUCAGUUUCAUGGAUUUGUUGUACUAAUGAUAAACAAAAAUACAUAAUAAAAUAUUCUCCUGAUGUUACUAUACCAUUUAAGAAUUGGCAAUCACUUAAUGCAACAUGUAAAGAUGGAUUUGGUAAACAAAUUACAGAUUUACCUACUGAUAGUAAUUAUUAUGUUUGUGUAUUUACAAAUGAUAAAGUUAAAAAUUCAGAUAUUAAAUAUAAUUCAGAAAAUUGUGAUUUUGUACAUCUUGAUAAAAAUACAAUUGCACCAGAUGAUUUUGAACAUUCAUUAGAUAAUACAAUUCCAGAUAAAUGUAAAUGUAGAUGUGAUAAUGAAGGUGAAGUUACUGCUCCCUCACCAUGUGAUCUUCAACAAUAUGAACAAACAUUUAGUCCAAUUGAUACGAUACCUCAAAAUAUGAAAAGUGAUGAUUGUCCAUGUAGAAUAAAAAGUUAUCGUGGAUUAUGUCCAACAGGUUAUUAUUAUAACAGAGGUCAAUGUUAUGAUGUUAAUGAAUGCCUUCAACAAAAUGGUGGUUGUUCACAUGGUUGUGUUAAUACACCCGGAGAUUUCUAUUGCGCCUGCCCUCAUGGUAUGACAAGAGAUCCAGCUGAUCAUAAAAAAUGUAUAUCAAUAAAUAGUAGUUUUGAUAGAAUAACAGAAAUGUUAGCACAAUAUCUUCAUGGAAAUGCUCAACUAGCUACUAUGAAUGGAUUAAUGAAUCAAAAUGGUGUUAUAAAUAAAUCAAAACCAAUAAAAUAUAAAACAAUUAUUGAAAGUGAAGAUAAAAGUAAAAAGAUAACUUUUGAAUGGAGCCAAAUGCCUACUAUGGUUAAGAAAGCUUUAAAAUGGCUUUUAUAA